AGACAACUUGAAGUCAAGUUGCCAUUAACUUCCGCGGCGGCCGCAGCUCGGCGGCGGGGAGGUGGCAGCAGCUGCAGCCGCCACCCGGGAAGUCCGCCGCCCAGCGCGCCCGCGCGGGGAACCGACCCGGCCUCGGCCCGCACCUCUGGCCCGCGCUGCCCCGGUUCCACGCCUGAUUCUGGCAGGUGAUCUGUAAGACAGUGACUGAGUAUGGAUCAUUUGAACGAGGCAACUCAGGGGAAAGAGCAUUCAGAAAUGUCUAACAAUGUAAGUGAUCCGAAGGGUCCACCAGCCAAGAUUGCCCGCCUGGAGCAGAACGGGAGCCCACUAGGAAGAGGAAGGCUUGGGAGCACAGGUGCAAAGAUGCAGGGAGUGCCUUUAAAACACUCGGGCCAUCUGAUGAAAACCAACCUUAGGAAAGGAACCAUGCUACCAGUUUUCUGCGUGGUGGAACAUUAUGAGAAUGCCAUUGAGUAUGAUUGCAAGGAGGAACACGCAGAAUUUGUGUUGGUGAGAAAGGAUAUGCUUUUCAACCAGCUGAUUGAGAUGGCAUUGCUGUCUCUAGGCUACUCGCACAGCUCCGCUGCCCAGGCCAAAGGGCUCAUCCAGGUGGGGAAGUGGAAUCCAGUUCCACUGUCCUAUGUGACAGAUGCCCCUGAUGCUACGGUAGCAGAUAUGCUUCAAGAUGUAUAUCAUGUGGUCACGCUCAAAAUCCAGUUACACAGUUGCCCCAAACUAGAAGACUUGCCUCCCGAACAAUGGUCGCACACCACAGUAAGGAAUGCUCUGAAGGACUUACUGAAAGAUAUGAAUCAGAGUUCGUUGGCCAAGGAGUGCCCCCUUUCACAGAGUAUGAUCUCCUCCAUUGUGAACAGCACGUACUAUGCAAAUGUCUCAGCAGCAAAAUGUCAAGAAUUUGGAAGGUGGUACAAACAUUUCAAGAAGACAAAGGAUAUGAUGGUUGAAAUGGAUAGUCUGUCUGAACUAUCCCAGCAAGGCACCAACCACGUCAACUUUGGCCAGCAGCCGGUCCCAGGGAACACAGCCGAGCAACCUCCAUCCCCUGCACAGCUCUCCCAUGGCAGCCAGCCCUCUGUCCGGACCCCUCUUCCGAACCUGCACCCUGGGCUUGUGUCAACACCUAUCAGUCCUCAGCUGGUCAACCAGCAGCUGGUGAUGGCGCAGUUGCUGAACCAGCAGUACGCAGUGAACAGACUCUUAGCCCAGCAGUCCUUAAACCAACAGUACUUGAACCACCCUCCCCCUGUCAGUAGGUCCAUGAAUAAGCCCUUGGAGCAGCAGGUUUCAACAAACACGGAAGUCUCUUCAGAAAUCUACCAGUGGGUGCGGGAUGAACUGAAAAGAGCGGGAAUCUCCCAGGCAGUGUUUGCACGCGUGGCUUUUAACAGAACUCAGGGAUUGCUCUCUGAAAUCCUCCGAAAGGAAGAGGACCCCAAGACUGCAUCCCAGUCCCUGCUGGUAAACCUUCGGGCUAUGCAGAAUUUCCUACAGUUGCCGGAAGCCGAAAGAGACCGGAUAUACCAGGAUGAGAGGGAAAGGAGUUUAAACGCUGCCUCUGCCAUGGGUCCUGCCCCGCUGCUGAGCACUCCGCCCAGCCGUCCUCCCCAGGUGAAAACAGCUACUCUUGCCACUGAGAGGAAUGGGAAACCAGAGAACAAUACAAUGAACAUUAAUGCCUCCAUUUAUGAUGAGAUUCAGCAGGAAAUGAAGCGUGCUAAAGUAUCCCAAGCACUGUUUGCAAAGGUUGCUGCCACAAAAAGCCAGGGAUGGCUGUGUGAGCUGUUGCGCUGGAAGGAAGAUCCUUCUCCAGAAAACAGGACCCUGUGGGAGAACCUGUCCAUGAUCCGCAGGUUCCUCAGUCUUCCUCAGCCUGAGCGUGAUGCCAUCUAUGAGCAGGAGAGCAAUGCUGUACAUCACCAUGGCGACAGGCCACCCCACAUCAUCCAUGUUCCAGCAGAACAGAUUCAGAGCCCCUCUCCCAGCACCCUUGGCAAAGGAGAGUCUAGAGCCGCUUUCUUACCAGGCCUGCCGAGCCCUGCACCAUGGCCCAAUGCUGCUCCUCAGCAACAGCCGCCCCAACAGCAACAGCAGCAGCCGCCGCCACCUCCUCCUCCACAGCCGCAGCCCCAGCCCCAAGCAGGCCCCAGGCUGCCCCCACGGCAGCCCACGGUGGCCACAUCUGCAGAGUCGGACGAGGAAAGCCGGCAGAAGACCAGGCCACGAACCAAAAUAUCUGUGGAAGCCCUAGGGAUCCUUCAGAGCUUCAUCCAAGAUGUGGGCCUGUACCCGGAUGAAGAGGCCAUCCAGACUCUGUCUGCACAGCUCGACCUCCCCAAGUACACCAUCAUCAAGUUCUUUCAGAACCAGCGGUACUAUCUCAAGCACCAUGGCAAACUGAAGGACAACUCCGGCUUGGAAGUGGAUGUGGCGGAAUACAAAGAGGAGGAGUUGCUGAAGGAUUUGGAAGAGAGUGUCCAGGAUAAAAACGCCAACACCCUGUUUUCUGUGAAACUGGAGGAGGAGCUAUCAGUGGAAGGGAGCACGGACAUUAACGCCGACUUGAAAGACUGAGAAAAGUGUUAUUUUCAUCUAUACCACUGGUAUUUACUAACAAAAUGAAAAGUCCACCUUGUGUUCGCUCAGAAAGCGUUCAUUGUUUAUUGUUUGGCCAAUGAAUCUUCAGAAACUUGCACAAACGGGAAGUUGGAAGGACAUGCAGACAUCACUAAAGGUUUUGCUGUUUUCCGGACUGCAAGGCAGCCCCAGUGAAGCGUCCAGCGUUGUCUGACGGUAGAAUUUGUGUUCAAGGGCUGCGCCACGGUGUGCACCCUGUCAGCAUGAUACCAGAGAUUGGUUUUCCUUUUAAUUAUUACUGUUCUGGAGCCUCAAAUAAGCAUUAUAACUUCUGUAAUUAUGAUUGCCUUUACUUUCAUUAUUUCUGUAACACUCCACACUGGUCUUGGAAACUGGCCCCUUAUUUUAAAGAGAAAAAGGAAAAAAAUGAGUUUGUUACUCGACUGUAUGUUAAAAAAAGAACUAUAGACUGUGGAAUGCAGUUUAAAGAUGACAUAUGCCAACAAAUGCCUUGUAUUAUAUGGCACUGCCGUAAUUAAAAUUUGUUUUUUUAUUUUGGAAAUAAAAGUUCACUGUAAUUUUU